AUGACGUCCUGCUAUCUUGGAACCGGCUCGGGAGGACCCAAUAAGAACCCAGGAACCACGUCCACCUACUUCACCCCUGGAGCAACACCUGGAGGAGCCGCAAAGCCUACUGGAGUUGAAGGAGCAUUCCCAGCUGGUGGUAACGGAGCGCAGUCGGCAUAUUUUGGAGUUGGAGCGCAGCCAGCUGCCGGAAAUCAAUCAGCCUACUUCGCCGUCGGAGCCUACAACAACCCGGCCGCAACUGGUGGAGCCCCUCAAGCCACCCCUAUGCCUGCAGCACCAGCACCAGCACCAACCAGUGGAGGAGGAGCUUCAACGAUGACAGCUGUGGGAGGAGUGCCACCACCCAGCAGCGGACAAUCGACGAUGGCUGCGGCGGGUGGAUUGCCGAUGACUGGGAGGCCGUUCAACAAUGACUGCUGUUGGUCCAGUUACCCCAGC